AUGCUCCUGGGCGGAGAUUGUGUCCGAUAUGCGGGCCGGAGGAAAGGAGAGAGCCACUUGGGCAGGUUCGAAACUCGGGCAUUUUCGUAUUGGCUCUGCAUUGUGCAUACCUUCAUCAGUGAAAAAGAUAUUUGUGACUUGCGGGGGAGCUAUCACCAACUUUCGCUGCCUCUCUCGCUUGCCAGGGCCGACCAGGAUCCCCGCGACAGAGGGGUCAACCCCGCAAAGAUGUUCCACCAAUGGUCUAGCCCUUUGCCGACCCCUGUGUGA